GCCGAGUGAAGAUGGCGGCUCAGAGAGUGAUGCUGUCAACGAGACUUUGAGUUCACCUUUUUCUUCUUAAACUUAUCAAACCUUCUAGGCUCCCUUUUGGAUAGCUGUAUCAAAGAAAAGUUUAUCGGUUGCUCCUCCUGACCACUUAAUUAGGGAGACACUUCAUCUUCUGCCAGAGCCUUUUCGUUUCACAGCCCACACUCUACCUCUAUCAUUGUGAGAAAUUUUUAUCUCAGGGCCUAGGGAGGAUGUGUAUUAAUCCUUGGUGCUACCUCUAAUAGAAUGAUCAACUCCUGAUGCUGUGCACGCCAUAAAUCUUCACCCUGCUCGCUUUCUUCCUCUUGUCAGAAAGUGCAAGAGUUUGCACUUCUCCUGCCGUGCACUUUCCAACUCAGCCAAAGAAGCAGAGAUACUCCAAUUACUGGCCUUUAUGGGGGAGAGCAGUUCAACAACAGUCAGGUGACUGAACACACGCUGGGAUUCACACACUUCUUCACAGGACAGUCAGCUAACAGACUGAUUCAUCAAGCUCUAAGUUUAGCUGCAGCUGCGAUAAGACGCUCUGACUUAUCCUGUGCAAUGGUCAAUGUAUCAGCCAUGCUGGGCCUCUGCAGGGGGCACUGUUCCCCAACCUGCCCCAGUGGUGAACACCCGCAGAGCACCCACUAGUGAGGUCAACUGGGCAAGUGGAGCAUCAGAUCUCAAAGAUCCCUCUGCACUAAAAGGCACAUGCUUAUUUGAAUGCUCAUUGCACAGCAAUGCUAAAGAAGUCAUCAGAGUAGCAGCUGAUCCUUUGGAGAGUGUUGGAGGAGGAGGAGUGUCAAGAGUGAUCAAGAAACCCAAUCCUCUUAUCCCAAGACGCCAGCUAAGCGAGAGUGUACUCUGAGUGUGGUGGGGGGUAGAAGAGGCAACUGCCCUCAUUGUAGGACUGGGGCUACAACGCACGUCAUGGGCUAUGGGGGCCAUGGUGACUUAGCAUAAAUGGCUACUCCUGACCCAAAGCUUGUGCCAUUGUCUGCUGCUCAACCCUCUUCCUUUUUUCUUCUCUUUUCCUGUCUGUCCUCCUCUUGCUGCAAAAGCUGCAUCUGUCACACUCUCGUCCUUCCCUCUGCCCACCUCUCUUCCCCAGUCCCACUUUCGCUCUGUGACCAUGGGGUUGUGGAAGUUAGUGCGGGGUGUCAGGCAGCUCGAGCUCCACCGCCUCAUCCUGGUGCUCAUCGUCUUUUGCCUGCUUUCCAUGGCUUUCCUGGCCUACUUUGUCAGCAAAAGCCCAAAAAUAAAGGAGGCGCCCCCUUUACCCUUUAGUGACUGUGGUGGGGUUGUUGCAGCUGCAGCAGGAGGGCAACGGGCUCCUCUAUUCCUGCCCCCUUUUACAGGCAGGCAGAUGACAGUCAAAGCAGUGGAUAACUCACGAACAGAAUCUGUGGUGCUGGUCUUUGUUGAGAGCAUCUACUCUCAGCUUGGCCAAGAGAUUGUGGCUAUCCUGGAGUCCAGCCGUUUCCGUUACCAUACGGAGAUUGCGCCCAGCAAGGGUGACAUGCCUACAUUGAUGGAGCGUGAUGUUGGCCGCUAUGCCUUGGUAAUUUAUGAGAAUAUUCUUAAGUAUGUCAACUUGGAUGCCUGGAACCGUGACCUGCUGGAUAAAUACUGUGUCGAAUUUGGUGUAGGCAUCAUCGGUUUCUUCAAAGCCAAUGAGAACUCACUGCUCAGUGCCCAGCUGAAAGGCUUCCCCCUUUUCCUGCAUUCUAACCUAGGCCUGCGGGACUAUCACAUCAACCCUGCCGCCCCAUUACUGUACAUUACCAAACCCAAUGAGGUGGAGCAGGGCCCACUCCCAGGCGAUGACUGGACGGUCUUUCAGUCUAACCACAGCACCUAUGAGCCUGUGCUCCUGGCCAUCACAAAAUCCUCAGAAGCACUGGCCCACCUUGGCCCCCACCGAGCCCUGCACGCCACUGUAGUUCAAGACCUAGGCCUUCACGAUGGCAUUCAAAGAGUGCUGUUUGGGAAUAAUCUGUCAUUUUGGCUUCAUAAAUUGGUUUUUGUGGAUGCUAUUGCCUAUCUGACAGGGAAAAGACUCUGCCUGUCCUUGGAGAGGCAUCUGCUGGUUGACGUGGAUGAUAUAUUUGUGGGAAAGGAGGGUACGCGAAUGAAGGUAUUGGAUGUGAAGGCUUUGCUCAACACACAGAACAAACUACGGACAGUAGUUCCCAACUUCACCUUCAAUCUUGGCUUCUCUGGGAAGUUCUACCAUUCAGGUACAGAGGAAGAAGAUGAAGGUGAUGACAUGCUGUUGCAGCACAGGCAUGAGUUCUGGUGGUUUCCUCACAUGUGGAGUCACAUGCAGCCUCACCUCUUUCACAAUGUCAGUGUGUUGGCGGAGCAGAUGAGACUCAACAUGCAGUUUGCACAGGAGCACGGUAUUCCCACAGACAUGGGUUACGCCGUGGCCCCCCACCAUUCAGGGGUGUAUCCUGUACACAGCCAACUAUAUGAUGCCUGGAAGAACGUAUGGGGGAUCACAGUGACCAGCACAGAAGAGUAUCCCAACCUAAGACCUGCACGCCAUCGCAGAGGAUUCAUCCAUCGUGAAAUAAAGGUGUUGCCCAGGCAGACAUGUGGCCUUUUUACUCACACCAUCUUCUAUAAUGAGUACCCCGGAGGCUCGCGCGAACUGGACAAAAGCAUCCGUGGAGGAGAGCUCUUCCUCACCGUCCUUCUUAACCCUAUCAGCAUUUUUAUGACUCACUUGUCUAACUAUGGAAAUGACAGACUUGGGCUCUACACUUUUGAGUCUCUGGUGAAGUUUGUUCAAUGCUGGACCAACCUACGGCUACAAACUCUGCCUCCUUUGGAACUUGCUGAGAAAUACUUUCAGAUCUUUCCAGAGGAGAUGGACCCCCUAUGGCAGAACCCUUGUAAUGACAAGAGACAUAAAGACAUCUGGUCCAAGGAGAAGACUUGUGAUAGGCUGCCCAAAUUUCUAGUCAUUGGUCCACAGAAAACAGGUACCACAGCAUUGCACUCCUUUCUUACCCUCCACCCUGCCAUCACCAGCAAUUUCCCUAGCCCCAUCACCUUUGAGGAGAUCCAAUUUUUUAAUGGGCCUAAUUACAACAAUGGCAUUGAUUGGUACAUGGACUUCUUUCCCUUUCCCUCGAACGUCAGCACAGACUUCAUGUUUGAGAAAAGUGCCAACUACUUUGACACAGAGGUGGCUCCAAAGAGGGUUGCAGCUUUACUGCCCAGAGCCAAGAUCAUAGCUGUGCUCAUCAACCCUGCCGACAGAGCCUAUUCUUGGUAUCAGCAUCAGCGAGCACACCAGGACCCUGUUGCUAUAAACCACACCUUCCACGAGGUGGUAACAGCAGGUCCCUCUGCAUCUAAAGAGCUUCUGACUCUUCAGAACCGCAGCCUUAAGCCUGGCACUUAUGCCACACAUCUGGAGAACUGGCUUCUGCAUUACCAGGCAAGACAGCUCCAUAUUGUAGAUGGCACUCUGCUCAGAUCUAACCCAGCCCUGGUGAUGGAUGGCAUCCAGCAGUUCCUGGGACUUGCGCCCAUAUUUAACUACACACAAGCCCUUGUCUUUGAUGAGGGUAAAGGAUUCUGGUGUCAAAGGCUGGAAGGUGGGCGUCCUAAGUGUCUGGGCAAGAGUAAAGGCAGGAAAUAUCCAGAAAUGACCCCUGAGACACGUGCCUUCCUGAUGGAGUACUACAACGAGCAUAACCUGGAGCUGUUGCGGCUGCUGAAUCGGCUGGGCCAGCCGUUACCCUCCUGGCUUAGAGAAGAGCUCCAGAGCAGCAGCUGGAGUUGAGAAGAUUUGACUUGCUUCUCCAGUAUCAGAACCCUUAAAAACAGUGUCCACUCACUACAGAGGAACCAGGGGAAGAGACUCCCAAUUCAACACCCCUAUGCCACUCUGUCCGGACCCUAGUAGCAGUGAUGGGAUGGAGUGCAGUUAUGAGUGGGCUGCAAACAUGAGACUUCCCUUCUGCCAAGGUGCUUGCACGCUCUGUCCGAGAUGUUGAAGACAUUGGGAAAUGUGCUCCCUUGUCUUUUUCCUCUUCUCUUAAUGACAGGCCUGCCUGUUCGGACCAGAACGUACUACAGGUCUGGACAAGCAUGAAUUAACUGGUGACUUGAAGUGUGUUAAAACACACUAAAUCUCAAAAUGCACAUGGUUUAGCCUUGCUCAUCUCAUUAGAGUAAUGAUUGUAAAACAUUGUACAUUUGAAAGCAUUGUAUAUUUUGGGUCUGGGUUGCUGGGAUUGUGCAGAAUAGACACAAGCUGACAGUGUUUGUGUACAGACUGAGCUCUGUUUGAGUAGGACACCUUGAGGACCCCCAGAUCUGCAGCCCCUCUCUUCUCCACACGUGCACACACAAACGCACAAAGUUGGAUCAGAAACCAAACGGUAAGAAAGUAUAUGCAAUUGAGGGAGUAUGGAUUUGUGUACACGUCUUGUCUCCCACUGUACUGUAGUUCAGUCAAAAGCUUUUAUUAAGUGUCUUAUCUGGUUGUAUCCCUCUAUUGAUCCGAACCAUGCACUUUCCUCUACACAACGUACACAGACACGUGGAAGUUCAUAUAGACGUUGUGGUAGAUGUGUUGUAUGUCAGGAGCUGUAAACGAAGGAGAGGAGAAGGGCUGUGUUUUUUAUUCAUGGUCUAUCCUACACAACAAGAGGCUGCUGUCUUUUUUUUUUUGUAAAAAAUGUAUUUUAAAAACUCCCAACGCUGUAUUAUCUCUAAUAAACUUACAGAGGUUGGAAAUGUUUAUGUGAUUCAUUAUGUGUGGAUUAAUCUGUUUCUGAGCCUUGACUCAGGGACUCGAGAAGAGUGAAUUGUUUUGAUUUUAUGAUUAUUUAUGUAUCAUGGCGUAUAAUUUGGUACUUAAUUCACUUAAAAUGUAAACAUGCAAUGAGUAAUCCAAAAUUAUAUAAUAAAAGAUUACACUCCUGAUUACCAGUUACAAUUUAAGGUGUGUAAUCUGUACCAGAUUACAUUUUAGAAGUUAUCUACCUAAUGUAUAUACAGGAUAUACUGUACCAGAGACGAUAUGAGAAGGACACUGACCAAUCAUUGGAAUAUAAGAAUAGAAAUCCCAGUUUUCAGUUUAAAGAGCCAAUUGACUGACUUCUAAAGGCAUCAGCUGUUUUUUGUUUUAUUAAUUAAUGAAUGUAUUUAUUUUUGUAUGACAAAACAGAAAAUACAGUUUUCCAGCUUGAUAUAAACAGAUAUUAAUUGUAUAUUUAUAUAUUUAUAUUUGUAUAUAUAUUAAGAAUGUUAGAUUUAAUUGCUGAUCUAAUACAGUAUUGGCAGGGUUACUUUUAAAAUGUUUCCACUACAGAUUACAGAAUACAUGCUGUAAAAUGUAUUUUGUAAUUAAUUCCGUUAGAUUACUCUUCAGUAACGUGAUCUAAAUACUUUGGAUUACUUGUUCAGCACUGGCAGAUUUUUCAUCUGACAGUACAGUAAAAUAUAACACAAUUGUAAAAAAAAAUACAUGUUCUGGAAAA